GCAUUCAUAGGGUCGUGAUAAUACCUUUCAGUGCCUCGAGUAUACGGCAGGGACACUGCGAAGCCGGCUGAAGUUUACCUGAAUAACCCUGGCAUCAUUACGACGAUACCCUGGCUGCGUUGCAUCGUGAAUACCGACCACGGCUGCAUCACAGCAAGCCUGAACCUGCAGAUCACAGCAGAUUGGUUCAAUAUGGCUAUCGAAGGAGUCCCCGAGCAGAUGCUCGCAGUACAAAUCGUCGAGUUCAACAAACCAUACAAGAUCCACAAGAUACCAACCCCGACAGAACUCAAGGAACAUGAAAUGCUGCUCAAAACCGUUGUCGCGUCUCUCUGCCACACCGACUCCAUGGUAAUGGAAGGCAAAUUCCCCACCAAACUGCCCUGCAUUGCCUCUCACGAAGGUACAGGCAUCGUCAAGGCAGUAGGAUCUAAAGUGGCCAAUUUCAAGAUUGGCGACCGAGUCAUGUCCGGCGUGCCCAAGAACCAAUGCGGCACGUGCUACAAUUGCAAGGGCCCCAACGACUGGCAUCAAUAUUGCGAGAACGCGGAAGGGCACAUCGGCGUGUUCAUCGAUGGUGCCUUUGCCGAGUAUCAUGUCGUCGACAGCAGAACCAGUUGCCACAUUCCCGAUAAAGUCAGCUUUGCCAGUGCUGCUCCUCUUGCCUGCGCGGGAUGUACCAUCUAUCGAGCCCUUAUAGUCAGCGAGGUGAAGCAAGAAGAUUGGCUUGCGAUUGUGGGUGCCGGUGGCGGGUUAGGCCACCUCGGGAUACAAUUUGCAAUUGCGAAGGGGAUCAAUGUCGUAGCCAUCGACGCUCGCGACGAGGCGCUUGAGCUUUGCCAAAAGGCUGGCGCAAAGCACAUUUUGGAUGCGAGGGAGGGGAAGGACAAAAUCGUUCAAAAGGGUCAAUCCCUCACAGAUGGCUUGGGCGUGCACGCCGCGAUCAAUGUAAGCGAACACGCGACAGCGGCUGACACGGCAUGUUCGGUGACACGCAUGCAUGGCACCAUGGUGCAGGUGGCUCAGCCGGAGAGGGUGUGCGUGGCUUUCCAGCACCUUAUUUUCCGCGACAUUCGUAUCAAAGGGACAUUGAUUGCGGGACAGGACUACAGCCAGCAAAUGCUGGACGACGUGGCGAGGUAUGGUAUCAAGGUCGAGACCAACUUGUUCUACGGGUUGGAGGAGGUGCCGAAGAUGGUGGAGCUGGCGCAUUCGGGUAAGAUGAAGGGCAAGGCCGUGUGCGUGGUUGACCAGGCCGAGUUUGAGAAGGAGAAGGGGACAAUUUAGCAGUUAUCAGACUGCGUUAUGUGCUCUUUGAAUAGCCUAGUCCUAGCUAGGAUCAGUGUCUUUUGAUACCGGGUAGAAGACAUAGCUCGAGUUGGAUACCUACAUACAACAACAAUGUACCUGGCAACUCUCA